AUGGGUGCUUAUGGCUCAGAUACUGGCAUUGGCGCGUCUAGCCGGGACAUUCUUGAAAUCGAAACCAGCGGAACCGAGUUAUUGACGUCCUUGGCAUAUUCUGUGUUCCUACGGAUGUAUUCUUGUGGUCGUUCCUUGCGAUAUAUGUAUGUCGACAAUACAACCCAGGAGAUCUUGAAACUUGCGGAAGACGCUGAUCCGAGAGGAAUCAGAACAAUGGGAGUGUUGUCAAAACCAGACCUUGCCACCGAGAAAGCCGCCCUGGAUGCGGCAAUGGAUCUGCUUCAGGAGAGAAGACGUAAUGUUUUCAAGCUAGGAUAUCAUGUUGUCAAGAACCGCAGUGCCGACGACGACAACCCAACACUGCCUGCCUGUCUUGCUGACGAAAGGGCAUUCUUUGCUGCUCCUCCUUGGUCUAGCAUUCCUGAUCCUCUUCAGCGCCUUCAUGCUUACUUCAAUUUUCUCAACUCUAGUGCAGCAAGAACCUUUGCAUCCUCCACUCCCUGA